ACUAUAGAUGAAAUAUAUGAAAAUUAUAUGUGCAGAGGGAGAGCAUUCGGAAAAUUCAUAGCUAACAGUGGGCCUAGAAGCCCAUUGCCAAUAUCAGCAGCGACAACUUUGCACUCGCGGCAACAGUUGGCCAGUUGAGCGCGCGGUGUAAACAAAACUCGCCAAUUAAUUAGCUAAGCUACGCGAUAUCGCAGCAAACAAUUGGAAAACAAAUGUAAAAGAUUCCUAGAGCCUAAUUGGAAUAUUUAACUAUAGUUUCGCAGAAAAUCUACGUUCAAGUGAUUUAGUUACAAGUGUUUCAAAAGACUUUUCUCCAUUGUGUUCAUUUAAUUUUAAAUAUGGAAGAGACUCCCUCGUUGCUGAAACGCGCCGGCACUGAUAAAUUGCGCGAAGUCUUCCUGAAGUACGCCUCUCUGCAAAAGGAUGGCGAGCAAUACAUGACCAGCGAGGAUUUUGUGCGCAAGUUUCUCGGCCUGUUCACAGAGACAGCGUUCAAUGAUGAAUCGGUGCGCCUGCUCGCCGGCAUUGCGGAUACGAGCAAAGAUGGCCUCAUAUCAUUCUCGGAGUUUCAGGCAUUCGAGGGCUUACUCUGCGCCCCCGAUGCUCUCUACAGAACUGCCUUUCAGCUGUUUGACCGCCAGGGCAAUGGCUCUGUCUCAUAUGCUGAUUUCGCUGAUGUCGUACAAAAGACGGAACUGCACUCAAAGAUACCUUUUAGCUUAGAUGGCACAUUUAUCAAACGCUACUUUGGUGAGAAGAAGCAACGACUUAUCAACUAUGCUGAAUUUACGCAACUGCUGCACGAUUUUCACGAGGAGCACGCAAUGGAAGCAUUCCGUAGCAAAGAUCCAGCUGGCACUGGAUUUAUAUCCCCCCUAGAUUUUCAGGAUAUUAUCGUUAAGGUUAAGCGGCAUUUACUCACGCCCGAUGUCAAGGAUAACUUGGUGGCGGUCACUGAGGGUCACAGAGUUAGCUUUCCGUAUUUCAUAGCAUUUACCUCGCUGCUCAACAACAUGGAACUGAUCAAGCAGGUGUAUCUACAUGCCACCAAGGGCAGUCGCACCGAGAUGGUCACCAAGGAUGAGCUGCUCUAUGCGGCGCAGACCAUGAGCCAGAUUACGCCACUGGAAAUUGACAUAUUGUUCCAGUUAACCGGCGCUGUAAAUCAGCCGGGCCGCAUCGACUACAGCGACCUUAGCAACAUUGCGCCCGAGCAUUAUACGAAGCAUAUUACUCACCGCCUGGCCGAGAUCAAGGCCGUCGACAGUCCCAAUGACAGAUCGGCGUUAAUUCAAAUGCUGGAGGCCACCUAUCGCUUUACCCUGGCCUCCUUUGCUGGCGCUACUGGCGCUACGGUGGUCUAUCCCAUUGAUCUUGUCAAGACGCGCAUGCAGAAUCAACGCACUGGCUCCAUGAUUGGUGAGAUCGCAUAUAGAAACUCCUGGGACUGUUUCAAGAAGGUCAUUCGCCACGAAGGCAUCCUCGGUCUCUAUCGCGGCCUGCUGCCCCAGCUGAUGGGCGUCGCUCCUGAGAAGGCCAUCAAGCUGACGGUCAACGACUUUGUGCGCGACAAUUUGACAGACAAGCGUGGCAACAUUCCCGUCUGGGCCGAGGUGGUUGCCGGCGCCUGUGGUGGUUGUGCACAGGUAAUCUUCACCAAUCCGCUGGAGAUUGUCAAGAUUCGGCUACAGGUGGCUGGCGAAAUCGCCGGUGGCUCUAAGAUAAGUGCUUUGUCCGUUGUUCGCGAGCUGGGCUUCCUUGGCCUGUAUAAAGGCGCACGGGCGUGUCUGCUGCGCGACGUGAACUUCUCGGCCAUUUACUUUCCGACCUAUGCGCACACCAAGGCGGCGCUGGCCGACAAGGAUGGCUAUAAUCAUCCGCUUUCGCUGCUGGCCGCUGGCGCCAUUGCCGGCGUGCCCGCUGCCUCGCUGGUGACGCCCGCCGAUGUGAUCAAGACACGUCUGCAGGUCGCUGCUCGCACGGGUCAGACCACAUACACGGGCGUUUGGGAUGCCACCAAGAAGAUUAUGGCCGAGGAGGGACCACGUGCCUUCUGGAAGGGCACAGCCGCUCGCGUCUGCCGCUCCUCGCCGCAAUUUGGUGUCACCUUGGUUACCUACGAGCUUCUGCAGCGUCUCUUUUACGUGGACUUUGGCGGCAAUCAGCCGAAGGGCUCCCAAGGCACCAAGCCCGGUCUGCCACUCACCGGCACACUGAGCGGCCUGCAGCCCAAGCCCGAUCACAUUGGCGGCUACCAUGCGGCUGUGCCUCUGCUGACGGGCAUUGAGUCCAAAUUUGGACUCUAUCUGCCUCGUUUCGGGCGUGGCGCUGCCACUGCCGCUGCCACGGCGGGUACCGCGACGGGCUCAUGAUUAUAUUGGCGGCAUCGCCUGCCAUGCACAAGCUAGUUGGUCAGUUGUAGCCAUAGAAAAAUAUAUAUAUAUAUAAAUCUGUAUAUGUAUAGCCAGAAAGUUAAUGUCGGUUUAGAUCAGUCAUAGAGUUUAUGUCUAUUUUUUGCUAGGAUGCGUUUAUACCUAUACAACUACAAUCAGUCGAGGACAAAAGAAAACAGUUCAAUGCAUCUGGUCUAUUCUAGAGGAAUCUUUUCUUACCAUCAACAUGUUGUAAAGAGCAAACUUUGGAAAUAUAUAUUAAUAGAAAUUAACCUGUAUAUGUAUAUAUAUGAUACUAUAGCAGACAUUUAUGGCACACAAUUGAAAGCAACUGUUUUAUCUGCACACAGGAAACGAGCAUAUAUUUAUAUAGAAAAUGAUACUGUAACUGUUUUUUGUAAAACUUUUUUAACUAGAUGCAUAGUUUAAAGUUUAAAGCGUAACGAAAACAAAGGAAAUCACUGAACGUCUACUUUUUGCACUCAAUGAACUAUUUAAGCGUAAAAUCUUUUUAUUUUAGUACGAAUUUGUUCAACAACAGUUAUAAAGCAAAAAUGCAAAAAUGCAAUGAAUUACCUCUUAGCUAAUAAAUGUAAAACUGAAUAUAAUUAAAAUAUGUACAAAAAUUGAAACAA